GCGUUCACCGCCAGAUCCUGUUCACCACCGUGGGAUGGUUUGUUGGCUAUUACCUUGUGAAACGUGCGGAGUACAUACACGCCAAGCUGGACAGGGAGUUGUUGGAGUACGUCAGGCAGCACCCGGCAGACUUUAAGGCAGCAGACAAGAAGAGAAUAGGAGAGCUUUUGGAGGAUUUUCACCCCGUUCGCUGA